AUACUACUCAGAAAGCUCGAAGUACCGAUCCGAGAGCAAAGCCAUUGGAGAGAGAAAGAAGCAGAAUGGCCUCCCAACCAGGUCCCCUCACUCAAUGGCCAUGGCAGAGGCUAGGAAACUUCAAGUACGUACUACUAGCUCCAUGGGUGGCACAUAGCAUGCACAAGUUCAUGGCAGACAGCGGGGAGCAGAGGGAUAUGACUAACUUUCUCAUCUUCCCCAUUCUAUUGCUAAGGCUGCUGUACUCUCAGCUGUGGAUCACCUUCUCUCGCUUCCAAACAGCAAAAAGCAAGCACAGGAUAGUCGACAAAAGCUUGGACUUUGAUCAGGUGGACAGAGAAAGGAACUGGGAUGACCAGAUCAUUUUGACCGCAUUGUUCAUGUACAUGGCUAACAUGGUGGUUCCAGGGGCUUCACAUUUGCCCUGGUGGGAGACCAGGGGAGUGGUUCUUAUCAUUCUCCUCCACAUGGGUCCUGUGGAGUUCAUCUACUAUUGGCUUCAUAGAGCCUUGCACCACCAUUUCCUCUACUCGCGUUACCACUCUCACCAUCAUGCCUCCGUUGUCACCGAGCCCAUCACAUCUGUUAUCCAUCCAUUUGCUGAAGAGUUGUCCUACUUCGUACUCUUCGCAAUUCCUCCGAUGACCGGGGUAUUAACUGGAACGGCGUCCAUCGCUGCAGUUGUGGGGUAUCCCAUGUAUAUCGACUUCAUGAACUACAUGGGCCACUGCAAUUUUGAGCUAGUCCCCAAAUGGCUCUUCGAUGUCUUCCCCCCGCUUAAAUACCUGAUGUAUACUCCCUCGUUCCAUUCCCUUCACCAUACACAGUUUCGAACAAAUUACUCCUUGUUCAUGCCAUUCUAUGACUACGUAUACGGUACCAUCGACAAGUCUUCAGAUGAACAAUACGAAAGAUCUCUCAAGGGAAAGGAGGAGAGGCCUCAUGUCGUUCACCUGACCCACUUGACUAACUUGCAAUCCAUCUACCAUCUACGCUUCGGGUUCUCCUCAUUAGCAUCCAAACCGUAUACUCCCAAAUAUUACAUGUGGAUUAUGUGGCCAUUGACGCUUGCAUCGAUGCUGCUGACAUGGAUUUAUGGGACCGCCUUCACUGCGGAGAGGAAUAGAUUCAAGAAACUCAUUAUGGAAACAAGGGUGGUGCCAAGGUACAUCUUCCAGUACAAAUCAUCGUCUGAGAGAGACGCAAUCAACACUCUGAUUGAGAAAGCAAUAUUGCAGUCAGAAGAAGAGGGAGCCAAAGUCAUUAGUCUUGGCCUCCUUAACCAAGGAAGUGCACUGAAUGGAUAUGGUGAGCUCUAUCUUAAAAGGAACUCCUUACUGAAGACAAAAAUUGUGGAUGGAACCAGCUUGGCAGUUGCAGUGGUUCUAAACAGUGUUCCCCAAGGAAUCAACAGUAUUCUGCUCGUAGGCAAUCUUUCUAAGAUGGCUUAUUUCUUGUCUUUAACCUUAUGUAAAAGGGGAGUCCAGGUAGAGACGGUUCAGAAGGACAAAUACGAGCUCUUGAAACUACAGUUGCCGCCUGAAUUGCAUGGUCAUUUGGUGCUCUCUGAUAGUUACGCUAGUGAGGUAUGGUUAGUUGGAGAUGGAGUGACGGAUCAAGAACAACUGAGGGCCAGCAAAGGCAUUCGUUUUAUUCCAUUUACCCAAUUCCCUCCCAAGCUGGUUCGCAAAGAUUGCAUUUAUCACUGUACUCCGGCAAUGGUGGUUCCUAAGACCUAUGAAAAUUUACAUACAUGUGAGAAUUGGCUGCCUAGGAGGGUGAUGAGUGCAUGGCGUGUAGCUGGAAUAGUUCAUGCAUUGGAAGAAUGGAAUGGACAUGAAUGUGGAGACACUGUUACCGGCGUCGAGAAAGCUUGGCAUGCGGCUCUUGCGCAUGGGUUCCUUCCAUUUGAGGGCUGCAAACUUGGUUAAUAUUAGAAAAAUAUGUUCACUAUUAAGUAUAUUUCCAUAGCAAAUACUAUGUAAGAUGUCAUGUAUAUCCUGAAUGGGGCUUGCUCGAUUAUAUCUAAAUAAACGAGCUGUUCUUCAUUGUGGCAGGGUUUGCCUAUGUAAACUUGUGUUACUGUUGGAAUCUACGCUUGUCUUGGUCUAAA